AUGGAGUCUAUCUUUAUUCUCUUGCAUGUUGUAAUGGCCAUCAUCAAUUUUUUCAGAAUAAAUGGAACUUUUUGUAGCCUGCAAGGAGAGCUUUUAUACCCACAACUAUCAAAGGAAGGUGAUAUCAUAGUUGGGGGGAUUUUACCCUUCCAUAGCAGAUGGGAGGUCACAGAUUUGUCCUACUUGGUCAAACCACCUCCAGCGAAGUGCAUGAGCCUUGAUUUCAGAGCCUUCCAGUUUUCACAAUCCUUGAUCUAUGCCAUAGAGGAGAUCAAUAAUAAUUCUUCUUUACUGCCUGGAAUCUCACUGGGCUACAAGAUAUAUGACUCCUGCAGUUCCACAGCAAUAGGGGUAAGAAUGGCUAUGGCACUUGUUAAUGGAAAUGAGAAUGCAGUCUUGGAUGAGCCCUGCACUAAGCCAGCACAGGUGCAAGCCAUAGUGGGUGAGACAUACUCAUCUGUGUCGAUGGCUAUCGCGAAUAGUAUCGGACCUUUUAGUAUUCCUGUAAUCAGUCACUAUUCCACCUGCGAGUGUCUUAGUAGCAAACAAAAAUAUCCCUCAUUUCUCCGCACUAUUCCCAGUGAUUACUACCAGAGCAGAGCACUGGCAGAGAUGGUCAAGUAUUUUGGCUGGACCUGGGUAGGAGCGAUAAGAAGAGAUGAUGAUUAUGGUAACAGUGGGAUGGCUGCAUUUAUUGAAGCUGCAGAACAGCUGGGUAUAUGUCUAGAAUAUACCCUUCCAUUUUUUAGAACCUAUUCACAAGAAAAAGUGCUGAGGAUUAUUGAGCAGAUCAAAAGCUCUACUUCUCGAGUGAUUGUGGGAUUUGUUGACACAUGGGAUUUGGAGAUUUUGGUGCAAGCAUUUUUUGAACACAAUGUUACUGGAUACCAGUGGGUGGGAACCGAAGCCUGGAUCUUUGAUCUAGAACUGGCGACAGCAGAUAAAUACAGCAUACUGCAAGGUGCCAUAGGGUUAUCGAUUCCGAAUACAACAGUGACGGGUCUGAAGGAAUUCAUUCUGGAUAUACACCCAUUGAAAUCUGCAGGCAGUGACAUUUUUACAAGAUUCUGGGAGGCUCUGUUCAAGUGUAAAUAUAAAAUACAGAAUGACUCUGAUGAUACAACUGUGUGCACAGGCCAAGAGAAACUGUCUGAGGUGGAAAACACAUUUACAGACAUGUCACUGAUGCCCAUUUUCACAAAUGUGUAUAAAGCAGUAUACGCUGUUGCCCACACUCUACAUGACCUUUUCGGCUGUACGCAAACAUGUCCAACAAAGAAGCAGCCUGAUCCUCUCACUUUUCUAGAACAUCUGAAAAGGGUGCAUUUCCAAACAAAAGAGGGUGAAGAGGUUUAUUUUGAUAAAAAUGGUGAUCCUCCUGCGAAAUAUGAGAUAAUAAACUGGCAGAAAAAUAAAGAACACCAACAUGAAUUUGUCAAUGUUGGAUUUUAUGACUCCUCUUUUCCUGCUCGCAAUCGAUUAGCAGUGAACAUGACAUCUGUUGUAUGGGCACGAAAUACGAAUCAGGUGCCGGUGUCUGUGUGCAGUGAGAGCUGCCCUCCAGGCACCAGGAAGGCUGUGCAGAAAGGAAAACCCAUCUGCUGCUUUGACUGUAUACCAUGUGCUGAAGGAGAGAUCAGUAAUAUGACAGAUGGGAUUAAAUGCACACAAUGCCAUCAAGACUACUGGUCAAAUCCAAGUAGAGACAAAUGCAUAAAGAAGGAAACUGAAUUUCUGUCAUAUGAGGAAACGAUGGGAAUUUUGUUGACAGCUGUUUCAAUAAUUGGUGCUUUUAUUACCCUAGUAAUAGCAAUAAUGUUUUUUAGAUAUAAAAAUACACCAAUAGUCAGAGCAAACAACUCAGAGCUGAGCUUCCUGCUGCUCUUCUCUCUGUCUCUGUGUUUCCUCUGUUCACUUACUUUCAUUGGUCGGCCCUCUGAGUGGUCCUGUGUGCUGCGUCACACAGCGUUUGGGAUCACCUUCGUCCUCUGCAUCUCCUGUGUUCUGGGGAAAACAAUAGUGGUGUUAAUGGCCUUCAGAGCUACACUUCCAGGCAGUAAUGUCAUGAAAUGGUUUGGGCCUCCACAGCAGAGACUCAGUGUUCUUGCUUUCACUCUCAUACAGGUCCUUAUCUGUGUUCUUUGGUUAACAACAUCUCCUCCUUUCCCCUACAACAACAUGCACUACUACAAGGAUAAGAUCAUAUUAGAAUGUCAUUUAGGAUCAACUAUAGGUUUCUGGGCUGUACUGGGUUAUAUUGGUCUUUUGGCACUUUUGUGUUUUAUUUUGGCUUUUCUGGCUCGGAAGCUGCCUGAUAACUUUAAUGAAGCCAAGUUCAUCACAUUCAGCAUGCUCAUAUUCUGUGCUGUUUGGAUCACCUUUAUCCCAGCUUAUGUCAGCUCUCCUGGAAAGUUCACUGUAGCUGUGGAGAUAUUUGCCAUUUUGGCCUCAAGCUUUGGUUUACUGUUUUGUAUCUUUCUUCCAAAGUGUUAUAUAAUCAUACUGAAACCAGAGAAGAACACUAAAAAGCAAAUUAUGGGAAAAGUGUUAGCUAAGUGA